AUGGAGUGGCCAUCCUUAAGCAGAGAAAUUCAGUGGCCUAACGGGACCAUAAUUCACUACUCAGGAUCAGAAGCAUUUGAAGCCGCAACGCUGCGAUGGUCUACAUAUAAAGCCCCCAGGUUCGCAGCGGCCAUUACUCCGAUGAAUGAGGAAGCAAUAGCGGAUAUUGUCAAGGUUGCAAGAGCUGCAAAUAUCCCUUUUCUAGCUACAGGAGGUCGUCACGGCUAUGGUACUACACUAGGAAACCUACAAGGUGGACUAGCUAUUGAUCUUAGCCAAUUGAACGCGAUCAAGGUUGACAAAGCUGCUGGUACCGUGACAGUCGGCGCUGGGGUUCGAAUUGGCGAUGCUAUGCGCCCCGUUUAUGAAGUCGGAUAUGAGCUCCCCGUUGGUUCUUGUCCUAACGUCGGCCUAAUUGGUGCAACGCUUGGCGGUGGCGUAGGAGUCCUCCAAGGCCUCUUUGGUUUGAUAAUCGAUUCUCUCCUAUCCGUGAGACUCAUUACGGCCAACGGAGAUCUCGUUGAAGCGUCAACCAGUUCAAACCCAGAUUUAUUUUGGGCUAUUCGCGGUGCAGGAUUUAACUUUGGUAUUAUCACUUCCGCCACCUAUAAGCUAAAUAAAGCUGUCAAUGAUGGAAAAAUCAUGACUGCUGAUAUGGUUUACCCUCUCAAUAUGAAGUCAGCCUACUUCAAAGCUUUACAGGCGUUUGAAAACGAAAUGCCGCAGGAGUUGGCCAUUAUCAGCACUAUUCGUUGGGAUGCUGUCGCCGGUGAAACUCAAAUUAUAGGCACCUUCGUGUAUAGCGGUACCGAACACCGAGGUCGUCAGAUUCUUGCGCCAUUCUUCGAAUUAGAUCCCCCCGUCGUCCGCGUAAGCGUCGUUCCAUAUACUGAAUUGUUUCCCACUAUACUCUUUGGCUGGAUUCCUGCAGUCAGUACCCCAGGAGGGAUUCACGAUAUAUAUUCGGCCAAUGUCCGUAAGUUUGAAUUAAGCACACUGAACUCUGCCUGCGACAAAUUCGACGCCUUUUAUAGGGCGUAUCCAGAUGGAAGAUCCAGUGUUGGUGUACUAGAAACUUUUUCUACUCACGCUGUCAGCUCUGUGUCGGCUGAUGCAACGGCUUAUCCUUGGAGAAAUGCAAAAGGAAACUUCAUGUUUCAAAUGAGCUGGUCAGAACUAGGUAGUUCCGUCGAAGAAGCCGCAAAUAUUCUUGCUCGUGAACUUCGGCGAGAUUUUAGCAAAACAUCGGGGUUCGAUGACCUUUCUGUAUACGUGAGUUAUGCUCAUGGAGACGAAACAGUUGAACAGAUCUACGGCAAAGAAAAGCUUCCUCGCCUUGUGUCCUUAAAGAAAGAAUGGGACCCAGAUAAUGUUUUUAGGUAUAAUAAUAGCUUACCGCUAGAGUACCCAUAA